AUGGAAGAUAAAUCGAAUAUUACCACUGACAAUAUUUCAUUAAAUACCAACGUCAACAAUGAUGAUAUUCAUGAAAAUUUAUCAUCCUCAAACAAUUAUAUUGAUUUUCUACAAUCAAAUGAUGAUGACAAUGAGAAAACAUCUGAACUGAUCGCUGAACAAGCAGAUGCUCUUAUCAAUGAGGGACAUUUGACUAAUACACACAUUCUUGGACUGAUACAAACUAGAGUUUUAUCCAUUCCAAAUGUUGAUAAUCAAAAUAUUGACAAUAUCAAUAACAACAUUAUCUCAGAAGUAAAUUCACAACUCGCUAGUACUAGUGUUCAACCAUGUGUACAAUCAAUAAUACUUGAUUCAGAACUUAAUGUGAAUCACACAAGUACAGACAAUAAUCAACAACAAAUAAAAAAGAAAAAACAUAUUAUGAUUAGUUAUAAUCAUGCAUCAGCAUCAAAUAUUGCACAAAAAAUCUAUGAUCGUCUCACGGAAAGACAUUAUAAUGUAUGGUUCGACAAGAAAGAUCUACAUGGUAGUGUACUUGAUAGCAUGGGUGAAGCAGUUGAAAAUUCUUAUGUUGUUCUUCUAUGUAUGACUGAUGGUUAUUCUAAAAGUGCCUUUUGUACAAAAGAAGCUAAAUAUGCUGUUGAAAAAAAAAUUCCUGUUAUUCCUUGUAUGGUUGAAAAAACAUUUCGUCCAUCCGGUGGUCUUGGUAUCAUUAAAUCUGAUCUCAAACAUAUUAAAUUGUUUGAUGAAGAUAAAUUUGAUGAAAAUUUCGAAGAAUUAAUUGAUGAAAUCAAUGCAAUUGAAAUAGGAUUAGGCAUGAAAUCUGCAGCACCUAUUAUGGAUAUAGAUUUUCGUGAUCAUUUCAAUGCUUUUAUUUCUGAGCAUAUAGAAUCUAUUAGAAAUUGUCAUCUUCAUCGAGAAAAUCUCACUGAGAAUGAAUUCGGUACAAUUCUCUAUAAACUUAUUCAAGCAUUUUCUCCGGAAACUUUAGAAUCGUUUCAAAACGAUCAAUCUAACAGUGUUGAUACAAGACAAUUAGAAACACAUGAUAAUGAUCGUCUUAUUCAACAUCUUCUAGAAAAUGAUAAAAAAUUAGCAGAAUUAGUUCGAAUUCAAGAAGAAAUUUAUGCUCGUAAUCAACAAUAUCUUCUCGAAUAUGAUGAACGAAUAGCAGCAUUUAUUCGUUUUCAAGAACAAACUAAUAAAAAUUUUAUGCAACAACAAAUAAAUCAAAAUGAACAUUUGUCAUCACUUAUUCAUGUUCAAGAAGAACAACAGCGAAAUUAUGCUUAUCUACAACAAUCACAACUUUUCAAUCAAAAUCAACAAUCAAUACAACUUGAAUAUAGACAACAAGACCAAGAAAAAAAUGAUCGUAUCUCACAACAACUUAUACAACAUAUUCAACAAUUGACAGAACUUAUUGUCAAACAACAGCAACAACAUGCCAAAGAUACUGAAUCUUUGCAUCAAUUAGUUAACCGAUCAUUAGAGAACAAUAAUCAAUAUUUUUCAUUACUUCAUAAUAAAUUUAAAAAAAAAAAUACAAAUACAAUGGAAAAUAUUAUUCAACAAAAUCCAAUUUUAUCUCAAUCGAAUCAAGAUUCACGAUUAAAUCGUUCAUUAGAAACAAGUCAAGUUGUUGCGGUUGCUGCAUCUAUUAAUUUAAAAAAUCUUCUUUCUUAUCAAGAUGUUAUGAAUGCCAUUGAACGUGAUUAUCAUUUACAUGAAGGACAAGAACGUGAAAUAAUUAUGAAAUUAUGGUUAAAAGGGCAAACAAUGAUUGCAAUUUUACAACGUUUUAGAUAUUUAUUACAAGAUCUUAAUAUAGAUGAUAAAGAUUUUUCUGAAGGAUUAAAACAAAUACGUGAAAAACUAAAUUAUGCUCAUCGUGAUGUAUAUUAUCUUCAAGAAAAAAAUCUUAUACUUGAAAAUCAAAAUCAUUUUCUUGAAAAUGAAUUUAAACGACAAUUAGAUAAAAUAGUUGAAGAAAAAAAUGAACAUAUUAAUCGACUUAUACAUAUUAUUGAUCAAACAUAUACACGAUCAAAUCAAAUAAAUAAUCAUAUUAAUGAUGAAUAUUAUUCAUCAAAAGCUGAAGACUUAUCAAAAAAAUUUAUGGAACAAAAUAUUGAAUUACAACAUGAAAUUGAAACAUUUCGUUCUAAACUUGAUUAUAUUGUAACAUAUAUUAAUCAAAAAUUGGAUCAACAAAAAACAACAACAACAUCAUCAUCAUCUUUAUCUAUACAUCAAUUAGUAUUUGAAACUAUGCAACAAACAGAAAUGAAAUUACUUGAAUUUAAAUUAAAAUUUAUUUCACAACAAGAAGAAAAUGAUCUUUUAAAAUAUUUAAUGGAAAAAUCACAAAAUAUAUCAGAUAUUGAACAAACAAAAUUAUUUUCUAUUAUUCAACAACGUUCACUUGAACGUGAAAUUGAUCUUGUUCGUCAAGAACUUGAAAUUACAGAGAAAAAAACUAUUCAAUUUGAACAAACAUUUGAUAAUUCAGAUGAAGGAAUUAAAUUUCAUAUGGAAAAUCUUAAAUUAAAAUGUGAUGUAUUACAUAAACAUAUUCUAACAUGUAGUCAACGAUUAGAUGAUAUUAAUAAACAAAAUCUUAUGAAAUUAACAAAUGAAAAUCAAAUAUUAAAAAUUAGAACUCAACAUGAAGAAUCAAAUACUGAUAAUAAAAGUAAUGAACUUGAAUUUGAAUUAUUACGUUUACGUGAACGUUAUAAUGAAGUAAUUGAACAUACAAAUACACUUAAAUAUGAAUUAAAUAAUGCACAAAAACAAUUACAUGAAAAAGAAAAUGAAAAAAUUGAACCAAAUUUAAAUGUUGAUUUGGAAAAAGAACGACGACGUGCAGAUGAAUUUGAAAAUGAUUAUAAAUCUUUAAAAAUAAAAUAUGAUGAUGUAUGUGAACGUAUUCAUAUAGCUACACAUCAAUUAGAACAUGUACAAAUUGUACUUGAAGAAACAUCACGUCGUUGUGAACAAUUAGAAAAAGAAAAGUGUGAAAUUAAUGCUCAAUCUGAAUAUCUUUCACAAAAUGUUCUUAAUGUAACAUCAAAAUAUAAAGAUAAAUUAAAUACAAUUAAAGUUCGUUUAGAACAAGCAGAACGUGAAAGACGUGAAGUACAACUUCGUAAUGAACAAUUUCAAAAUGAUAUUGAACGUCUUAAAGAUGAAUUAUUACAUAAAAAAGAACUUAUUUUUGAAAAAGAAAAAAUUAUUCAAGAUACACAAUAUAAAAAUCGAGAAAUUCUUCUUGAAAGACAAUCAAUUGAAGAACGAAUAUCAAAUGAAUAUAAAAGAUUAAAUGAACUUGUUGAUAAGAAUAGUCAUUUGGAAGAAGAAUUAGAUCGUAUUCGACGAAAUCAACUAUCUGAAAAUCUUAUUGCUCGACAAAUGGAAGUUGUUAAUGAUUCAUCUAAACAAAUUGAAGAAUUAAAAUUAAAAAUUGAUGAAUUUGAACAACGUUUUAUAGAAGAAAAAACAUCAAAAGAAUCUUUACAAGUUCAAAUGAAAAUACUCGAAGAAGAAAAUACAGAUCUUCGAGAAAUAAUGAAUCAAAUGAGAAAACGAGCACAAUAUGGUCGAAAAGAAGAAAAAGAUCGUAAUGGUGAAAUUCAACAAUUAAUUGCACGUGCAGAAUUUAAUGCUCGUCAAUAUAUGACAGCUCUUAAUUUAACAAGUUUUACAUCACAAGCUGCAUUAGUGAAGAUAAUGCCAUUAUCUUCAACAACAAAAAUUUCAUAA